AUGGCUUCUUCUUCGUUCUCGUUUUUUCAGAUCUUGUCAGCAACCACCACCCUUCUUUUGUUGCUGGAAGCCCACCAGGCAAGCAGCUGCUUCUCCGCCAUAUUUAGCUUCGGCGACUCGCUGCAGGACACUGGCAACGCCGCGCACAUGUUCGUCAACAGUGCCCUCUCCAAUCCGCCGUAUGGAACCACCUACUUCCACAAGGCCACAGGUCGCUACUGCGACGGCAGAAUCAUCCUAGAUUUCAUCGCGGAAAGUCUUGGGUUGCCGUUCGUGCCGCCCUUCCUUGUCGGAGGAGACUUCUCCAAGGGAGCCAACUUUGCCUUUGGAGGGGCGGUCGCAGUGAAAAGUAACCCGAACUGGAACAAUACUUUGCCCGAUCAAAUUCAAUGGUUCCAAAAAUUUGUCCAAACAGAUCCAUUAUUCAGAGACCCCAACUUCUUGGCCAAUUCGUUGAUCAUGAUGGGGGAGAUCGGUGGCAACGACUACAACGCAGGACUCGGCAAGGGACUGCCUUAUAAUCAACUCAUUCAAAUUGUGCCCUCAGUUGUUCAAGCCAUAGGCUCUGCCAUCACUACUUUGAUUGGACUAGGCGCGAAAACCUUUGUCGUCCCUGGUAACCUACCGAUCGGUUGCAUCCCCGCAUGGCUAGGGCAGUAUCGCAGUGACAAGCCAAGCGACUACGACAGGAAUGGCUGCCUUAUAUGGAUGAACAAUUUCUCCGAGUACCAUAACAACCACUUGCAAACCGAGCUAGACAGACUUAAAGGACAAUUUCCCAAUGUCAACAUCGCCUAUGCAGAUUACCUCAACUCUGGCAUCAGGAUGUUCUCCAACCAAGCCCAAUUCGGUAUCACUGUGCCAUUUAUUGCUUGCUGUGGAGGAAAUGGGUAUCCGUGCAACGCGACUGGACCCGUGUGUCCUAAUCCACUAAACCAUGCCUCUUGGGAGGGAUUUCACCCGACGGAGGCGACAUACCAUGCCAUUUCGGAUGGCAUCAUCAGAGGACCAUACGCCAUCCCUUUCUUGUCGCAAAAAUGCUAA